CCUGCUCCGGGGCGCGAUCCCGCCCCCUGCUCAGCCCGGCUCCGCGUAGGCACCUUCUGGCUGACCAGGAUCGUGCUCCUGAAGGCGCUAGCUUUCCUUUACUGGGUGGCGUUCCUGGUGGCCUUGAACCAGAACAAGCAGCUGAUCGGGGACCGGGGGCUGCUUCCCUGCAGAGCCUACCUGGAGAGCGUCCGGGAGUACUUCCGGGGCAGCGUGGGCUGGGAUGCCGUGAGCUACGCCCCGACCGUCCUGUGGCUGCUGGACUGGUCGGACAUGAACACCAGCCUGGACCUCCUCGCCCUCCUGGGCCUGGGCAUCUCAUCCUUCAUCCUGGCUACAGGCUGUGCCAAUAUGGCCCUCAUGGCUGCACUCUGGGUUCUCUACAUGUCGCUGGUCAACGUGGGACAGGUCUGGUACUCCUUCGGGUGGGAGUCGCAGCUCCUGGAGACUGGAUUCCUGGGGAUAUUUCUCUGUCCCCUUUGGACGCUGUCCCAGUUGCCCAGGCACACGCCCCCGUCCCAGAUCGUGCUGUGGGGCUUCCGAUGGCUGAUUUUCAGGAUCAUGCUCGGAGCAGGCCUCAUCAAGAUCCGGGGCGACCGUUGCUGGCGAGACCUCACCUGCAUGGACUUCCACUACGAGACCCAGCCAGUGCCCAGCCCCGCGGCCUACUACCUACACCGGUCGCCCUGGUGGCUGCACCGCUGUGAGACACUCGGCACCCACCUCCUGGAGCUCCUGGUGCCCUUCCUGGUCUUCCUGGGACGGCGGGCAUGUGUCAUCCAUGGGCUGCUGCAGAUCCUGUUCCAGGUGGUGCUCAUCGUCAGCGGGAACCUGAGCUUCCUCAACUGGCUCACCAUGGUGCCCUGCCUGGCCUGCUUCGACGACGCUGCCCUGGGCCGCCUGCUACCGUCCACGCCAGGCGGCCUGAAGGACCGAGUCCACACCAUCCAGGAGGAGGAGGCCUGCGGGGUCCGGCCGGCGCCCAGACGCGGUCCUGCGGUGCGGCGGGUGGUCAACCUGGCCCUGGGUGUCCUCGUGGCCUGGCUCAGUGUCCCUGUGGUCCUGAACUUGCUGAGCUCUAAGCAGGUCAUGAACACCUCCUUCAGCCCCCUCCGAAUCGUCAACACAUACGGGGCCUUCGGCAGCAUCACGAGGGAACGGACAGAGGUGAUCCUGCAGGGCACGACCAGCCCCAACGCCAGCGCCCCAGAUGCCGUGUGGGAGGACUACGAGUUCAAGUGCAAGCCAGGGGACCCCCGGAGGCGGCCCUGCCUCAUCACGCCCUACCACUACCGCCUUGACUGGCUCAUGUGGUUCGCGGCCUUCCAGACCUACGAGCACAAUGAGUGGAUCAUCCACCUGGCCGGCAAGCUCCUGGCCAACGACGCCGACGCCCUGUCCCUGCUAGCCCUGAACCCCUUCGCGGGCAGGCCCCCCCCCAGGUGGGUCCGCGGAGAGCACUACAGGUACAAGUUCAGCCGCCCCGGGGGCCAGCGCGCCGCGGAAGGCCAGUGGUGGGUGCGGAAGAGGAUCGGCCCCUACUUCCCCCCGCUCAGCCUGGAGGAUCUGAGGACCUACUUCAGGUCCAGGGGCUGGCCGCUCCCCGAGCCCGUGUAGACGUGCACCUGCAAUAAAGACCUGGAGGACCAGC